UUCCGGUUCCAACCAUUCGAGCUGUAAGAUGGCGGACCGGCGGCGAAGGAGGAGGCGCGCGUCCCAGGACAGCGAGGACGACGACGAGUCCGGUUCGGGUUCGGACAGCGGGAGAUCGGGGUCCCCGGCGACCAAGAGCCGAGGGAGGGAUCCCGACCCGGCGGAGGCGACAGUGGCCCGCCCCGAGGCGAAGAGCGACGUUGAGUCCGAGUGUGAGAGUGAAGAUGGGGUGGGAGAAGCUGUCCUCUCUGACUACGACAGUGCCGAUCCAGAGGAGAACGGUUCCCACUCAGAGGGAGUGGAGGAGGAAGAGGAGGCCGAGCAGUACAGCGACGAAGAAGCUCCGGCAGCAGCCACCGAGCCCAAACCCCCUGCUGCCGACAGCCCAGCACAGGGAGGGGAGGGCGAGAGGGAGGAGGAGGCAGAGGGGGAGGGAGAAGGACAGAGUAAGGAGGAGAGCAAACCUGAGGAGAAAGGAAAUCUAGCAGGAGAGAGACAGAGCGGCGACGGCCAGGAGUCCACAGACGAUCCUGAGACGAAGGCGGGAGGAAAAGCCGGUCAGCAGCUCGACGAUGACGAGGACAGGAAAAACCCGGCCUACAUCCCCAGGAAGGGUCUGUUCUUCGAGCACGACGUCAGAGGACACGCUCAGGAGGAGGAGAGACCUAAAGGUCGAAACAGGAAGCUGUGGAAAGACGAGGGUCGCUGGGAGCACGACAAGUUCAGGGAGGAGGAGCAGGCGCCCAAGAGCCGCGAGGAGCUCAUCGCCAUUUACGGUUAUGACAUCCGAAACGGCGGCGGCCACGGAGACCGGUCGUACAGACAGCGCAGGCCCAGACAGAGUGUGUCUCCCAGCAGAGACAAGCGGUGGAGAGACGGAGGAGGAGAGCGACCGGUCCGAUCCUGGCAGAGCGGAGGAGGGGGGGGAGGUCUGAACCGAGGAGGAGCUCCUUCACCUUCAUCCGUCCAACCCUCUACAUCCCAUUCCUCUCUCCCUCUCUCCUCAGCUCAGCGCAGCAACAACCCCUCCAGACUGCCCCCCUCCCGCAGCAGAACAUCCCACCAGAAUCAAAUGCACCUCCCGCCUCAAUCCCACUACAGGAAUAAUGAAUCAAACGCACCCCAGAUGCAUCCCAGAGAACGACAAGGCCCUAAAGCUCAGUUGGAUCCUUCAGGAGAGAGGGGUGUGGUCAGCAGAGGGGGGCGUAGCGGUGGGGGGAGGGGGGGUCCCUCUGUGGUCAUUGAGGACAUUACAGUCAGCCAUGGAGGCGUUGGGGAACAGGACCUGAGUGUAAGCGCUGUAACGACGGCGGCAUCGUCACAGCCGGGCGGUUACCAGUCUGCCUCACCGAGGCGACAGCAGCAGGAACAACGAGGGAGCGCAGACAGAUCUGGAUCGGCUGCUUCCUCCUCCACCUCUGACCCCUCCCUUCAGUCAUCAGCAGCAGCGACCAAUCGGGAAGCCUCUCCUCCCGCCGAGCGGCCAGUGGAGCGUAAAUCUUACUCUCUGGCUCGCAGGACUCGCUCUCGGCCCGCAGACCUGGGCAGCAAACAGCCGUCCAUGGAAGAGUCUGCGGCCGGAGGGAACGCCUCCUCCCCCGGCAGUGUGGGAGGGAAGAGCUGGACGGGAGCAGGAGACGGGCCAAAUCAGGCGGCGGGAGGAGGAGGAGCAGGCGGAGGAGCAGGAGGAGGAGGAGGAGGAGGAGCAGGCGGAGGAGGAGGACUGACGGAGCUGGACCAGGACGUGGCUCGACUCAGUCUGGCAGGACAGAGCUGGAGCCAGAGCCCGACGUCAUACAUGCGCUCUGAGAUGAGAGGCCUUCCCAACCCAAUGCACAUCCCCGGCGGCCCGCCUCAGUUCUCCAGCAUGGAGGAGAUGGGCGUCGCCUCCAAUCGGGCCAAACGCUACUCCUCCCAACGCCAGAGAGCCGUACCUGAGCCGGCACCGCCCAUGCACCUGGGUGUGAUGGAGGGACACUACUACGAACCCAUGUCGUACCAGGGACCAAUCUAUGCUCAUGGGGAUGGCCCCGCCCCCAUCCCACCGCAAGGCAUGCUGGUCCAGCCUGAGAUGCACAUCCCCCACCCCGGUCUCCACCCCCACCAAUCAGGCGGCCCGAUCGCUAACCCCGCCAUCUACGGAGGCCCACCUGUAUCUCUGCCACCGCCUUUCUACCCUCCGCCGGGCGUCAUGACCUUCCCUUAUCCCGCCAUGUACCCGAACCCACAGGGUCAGUCCCAGGUGACCUACGGAGGCGUGACGUACUACGACACGGUGCAGCAGCAGGCUCAGCCCAAGCCUUCACCCCCCCGCCGCACAUCCCAGCCCGUCACCGUCAAGCCCCCCCCUCCAGAGGUGCCCUUUGCCUCAGAGUGACCCCGCCCCUCACCCCUCCCCGCCACCCAGUCUCGGCCCCACUCUGAUCGGAAAACUGCAGGAGCGGGCGGGAGGGUCAGUGAGGAGCCGCGGUCGCCAACAGGAGCCACCAACAGUAACGAGGGAGGGACGGGUGGACGGACGGACGGAGGCGAGGACGGACGGAGGCGAGGACGGACUCUGCAGGUGACCCGCAGCAUCACUGGUGGAAUUUUUCCUUUUUGCCCCUUUUUAGUUUUUGACCCUGUAGCAGUCAGGCGGACCGGCUGUGUCGGAGACGUAUCAUAGUCACACUGUUCUGUAACUCACAGGUUCGAUCCCGCCAACGUGUCUUCUAACAUUGAACCUACAGAUGUUUAAAAAAGAAAGAGGCUGCCUGUCGGACUGAUGAGUUCAGACCCUUUACAGACACUGAAGCGUUUAACGUCUGGAGUCGGACGGACGAAGACGAGACGCUGCAGCUGAUGCGCUGAGACGAAAAGAGAAAGUCCGGUUCAAGGUGUUUUUGUCUUUUCCUUUUCACGGUGAAACAGCCGGUAACAGGCAGCACGAGCUUUGAGUUUCUCUUUGUUAUCCAGUUAUUUUACUGUACGUCAGCUGUUUGCUGAAACAGGAAACAGAAGGUUCGUGUUUUCAUUUUCCACAUCCAUCGUAGUUAAACUGUUAAUACGAAAGGUUUAACAAUAAAACGAUAAUAAACACAGAAGUCAACUAGAGAGAAAGUGGAGUUCAUUCCCGGUUGGAGGGACGUUUGUGAGGAUCAGUGCGAGCGCAGCUGCGUCAUGGUAACACGUUCACAGCUGGUUGGCCUCUACACGUGGUCACAGACGCUUCUUACACCUCAACAUUGAAGAGGGUCGAGGCCACAUCUGAUUUAUUUUUAUUUUUCUAACUUUAAACUGAAUUUUCUUUUUUUUUUUCAAAUAAACGUUUCACAUGUGGCAGAAAUCCUCUUCUGCACCUGAAGCUCUGCUGUUUCAGCUUUUCUGCUCUCACGACUUAACGUCAUUCUAACAUCUAUAAUCAGUUUAAAAACAUUUCAUAAAUGGUUCAUAACAGACUAAUGUUGUUAUAAUCUGAUGCAAGUGUUAAUCAGUUUGUCAGCAGCUCUGUCUCCUGCGGACUCGUCAGUGGAGGCUGAUGAUGAAUGACAAUAUAGUAAAACACAGCUGUUUAAUAUAAAAUAUACUUUUACAGGAGGAGUUAAAUACUUCAAAAUGUCCUUCAAACAACUGCGUUAUUUAAAACAUAAAACUUUUUAAACGAUUAUUUUCCAUAUCUGUUCAUUAAGAUUAUCUUCUGGAUUUAUUUCCUGUGGGUCAAGAUAAUGUGAGUGAAAGAUUUUCUUCUUGUCAUCCCUCAUCACAGGUGUCAUGUAAAUUUCAUAUUCUCAUUUGAAAAUGACCAACAAGGUAAAACUGUCCCAGGUUUUCACAUUAAAAGCUGAAGGUUGGAGAAAAGAUUUGAAGUUUGUGCAGCAGAAACUGCAGCUAAAGGCAGUAAGAUGUUCAGAUGACAUGAUUAAAAAAAGAAGACUCGGAUCCACACUUGGUUUUAACAUCGAACCUCGUGGUUACUGUCAUUUCUGCUUCAGUAACUAUGGAAACCAAACCCGGGGGCCAGGUGCACAAAACACCUUAAGUUUGACACUUACGGUUUAAUUUCUCCUCAGCUGAGGGACUUACUCACGAGUGUUGCACAGAAUAACUUUCUUUUCUUAACUAAUUUAAACCUUUACAGAAAUUUGCAGCAGUGAAAGAGACUUUACAGCGGUAGAACUUUACCGUUUCCAUGGAGACAGUUUGUUUGCUGACAUUAGCUCACACCUGUUAUCACUUCUGGGAAUCGGGGAACGUUAAAGAAGCCGCUGUCUCGUCCUCCGGUUGUUUUGACGUUGUUCAGCGGGAGAUCAGAGCGUUUAAACCCGACACACCGCUCACCUGACUGGAGCUGUAACCGACCACAAAGAUCAUGUGACAUAAAACCACAGAGCUCUUUAAGCUGAGGAAGUUGCUCAUCGUUAAGGGUCCGUUGUGUUCUCCCACUCUUCUCAGGACGUUUUCGUUUUCUUCAUCGUCACGUUAAACUCAGACGUGUUGCAGUUAAGUUUAGUUCCUUACGUUGUCUCCAAGGUCUUUGGUGCAACAGCUUUUAUUUUAAGGAAACCUUAACUCAGUGUUUAAGGAAAAUCUUAAUGUGUUUUGUGCAACCGGCCUCGUUCAUUUUUCACAUUACACCCGGGCACGUCGCAGUUAAGUUUCUUUAUGUUUUAUUUUAAGUAGAAGCAAGAUAAGGAGAAAAACCUCAAAUGUUUAAGUGAACAUUUUCUGGAAAACUGGCUGAGAUCAGCUGACAAACUAAAACCAUUUUAUUGUGCAGAAUAAGAGUGAGAGAAGACCUGCACAGGUUCUCACAGCUGUUUCCUGUCGAGGUGAAUCAGACCUCCAGGUUCAUAAUCAGUGUCAACACAGGUGGAGCUGAAAGGUCUCUCACUAAUCAGUCUCCUGUUUGUGUUUCUGAGCGUCAGCCUGACGCCUGCAGACGGCUGUUAGCUAGCGUUAGCGUUAGCAGACACAGCGAACACCAGGUGAACAUUGUACACAACGAACAAAUACAAACCGCCUGACACACGACGCUGCCGCACUGUGGACCGUUUCCUCUUUUUUUCUUUGAUGAUGUAUGUGGUGAGAUGCUGCCAUGGUAACAGAGACACUGUUAAAGUGACGUACGCAUGUAAAAUCAGCGGAGUAGCCCUUUAAAACUCAGUUUAUCUGAACAGUGUUUUAUUUCCUGAUUUUAUUUCCCUCCUGAUGAGCAGAAAGUUUGAUUAUCGACAAACGUUGCACAAAAGCCAGAAGCUGCUGCUGGGUGGUGGGGGUAGUGAUGGGGGGUGGGGGGGUUACUGAUGCUGUAUAUAGAAAUCUAAAUGUGUAUAUAGAAGCUUGAACAGAUAAAAUAGAGCAGAAACAUAUUCUAAUAAAACUACUAGUGCUACAGAACAGUGUCUGAUUUAAAGGCAUCGGCAGGGACCUCGAAUGUUAACGAUGGAGAGAAUUUAGAGAAGUAGCGACGACGAAGGAGCUGUGUGGCUUUAGCUAUGGUCUGUUUUGUAUUUUCCUGUUUUUGAAAUAAUGUCACUCAAUACUGUUUUUUUUAUAAUUAUUAUUAUUAUUAUUAGUGAAUGGACACCCUCAAACGCACACUGAGGAAACCACUUCAUCAAACUAAAGGUCACCAGUUAGUGUUUAACUCCGUCUCUUCCUCCGUCUGAUUUUUGUUGUUGGACUUUAAGAAUGAGGCGUUCAUGGUCUCCUGUUCGGUCUCGUUGUGUUGAUGAUCAGUCAUCGCAGUUAUCCUCUGUUUUCCCCCCCGCUACAAAUCUGACUAGAUAAAUCUAACUGUAAGACACUGCAGGUUUGAUUUUAAACGUUACCGCCAGUAUUCUGCAAGAUCUUCUAAACCCUGAACAGGUGCUUUAAUUUGAGAUUUACAGAAAGAUGAGAUGAUUCAAAAAAACUAAAAAACAUCCAACGAUUUCUACAAAUCUUCAGUGUCACUUUGGCUUGAGGGAGGGGGGAGGGGCACGUCUGGACACGUUUGAUCCACCCCCCCCUGCCUUAUCACAGGGGGUGUGACCUGUUUGUGACGGCGGCUGCAGCGCUCCAGCUCAGAGAGGUGGCGAUUGAUCGUUGGUUAACGACAGAUUUGUAUUGAUCAAGUCUUUUUGAAUGGAUGUCAUUGUUACCACGGUUACAAAAUGUUCGUUAAUGGCGUUAUUCUUCAUGUUGGAUGUAAAUUGUCUGAAUGAAUCCACCUCCUGUGUUGAGAGUGAGCUGACUGCUGCCCAAGUGUUUGACCUUUGACCUGAGCUGACCAGACUGUUCACUGUGACGACAGUGCUGUUUGUUUCAAUGUUACGAUGAUGAUGAGGAUGAUGAUGAUGAUGAGGAUGAUGAUGAUGAUGAGGAUGUACGUGGAGAACGAUGUCGUCCACACUGAGGAUCAAUAAAGAACGUGAUGAUGAUGAAA